CAAAACCCUUCUCCUGCAAUCAUUUCCAAUAUAAAGCCUUUCUCUCUCCUGCCAACAAAACCCAUUUUCUCUUCCUCUCCAAAACCCACGGCCAUAAAACCCACAAAACCUACCCACAACCCCCAUUGCUUGGAGGAAGCCAUUACCGGAAAAAGAUUAUGGAAGCCAUGCCGAAGAAGCUCCAUGGAAGCUAUGGUCCAUAAAGCCAAAGCCACCUCCAAGAAAUUCUCGUAAAAAUCGUUUCUCUCUAGGUUUUGGGUUUUGGUGCUUUUGGAAAAACCGCAUUUAAUUACUUCCCAAGUGAGGCAAAGAUCGCUGGACCAGUGCAAUAUCGAUGGAUGUAUCCUAUCGAGCGGGUUAACCAUUUUCAAAUGCAUGGGACGUACAAUAGGAAAGUCAACAUCUCGUGUUCUUAGCAUAGAAGAAUGGUCCCAAGCACAUUUAUAUGUGUUGACUAAUUGUGAGGAAGUGACAUCAUUUAUUGAGUAAGACACUUAUUUGAAUGAAACUUUAUAUUAAUUCUCAUACAAAAAUUUAAUUUUGGUCUUUGUGAGCAUUAUAAUUAAUUUUUUCAUUUUUAUCAUAGAGCAUAAGCAAUCUAUAAGGGUUAAGCCUUGUAUUCGUGCACGAGAUGUAAAUUUGAUUCACAGAAGAGAAUUCAUUAGUUGGUUUGAAGAAUGUGAAAUGUCACAUCGAAGAGAAAGAGUACAAAUAGUGUCUCCAAAAAAUGAGUUGGACAAUCUACAACAACUCUUAGACAUACAACCUGCUGCAACUACUACUCCUAGUAGUUCUGAUCCUUCUGAUUCUUCAGAUCCUUCUGUUGUAGGUUCAUCCUCUAGCAAAAAAAGGACACGUGGCCCAACACGUAACUUAGAUUUACUUAGUAUGAAACCCGAGGAAAAAAAAACUACACGAUUCAAUACCAGAGGGCAAGUUGCUUAUGAUGGAAAAUGGGAAAGAUUGUCAAGCUAUAUGGGAACAUUGGUGCGAUCUCAACACAAUGUACCCAUCCAAGUUCAAGAUUGGAAUCAUGUUAGUGAAGAUGUGAAGGAAAAGAUUUGGGCCUUAGUAUUGGAAAAAUAUGAACUAGAAGAAACAUGUAAGAGCUACAUUCUUCAAUGUUGUGGAAAUUUGUUUAGAAGCUAUAGAAAUAAAAUGAAGGCCAAGUAUUAUAACCCUUAUAAUACACAUGAGGAGAGAUUGUGCCAUCGACCUCCACACUUAUCGGAUGAUGAUUGGAGGUGGCUCAUCCACUUUUGGGGUACACCUGAGGCCAAGGAUAUCUCAGAAAAAAACAAGGCAAAUAGGGCAAAACAAGUGAUAAAGCACACAUCGGGAUCAAAAAGUUAUGCUCAAAUUCAAUAUGAACAGGCACAAAAGAAGGAGGAUCGAAGUGAGCCCAAUAGAAUUGAGAUGUUUGCCUUGACACACACAAGAAAAGAUGGGACGCCUGUUGAUGAUCAUUCUAAGGAGAUUAUGGAUCAAUUUCAGCAAUUGCUAUCCCAACCUGAGGGGACAUCUUCUUCUACUUCUGCAUCAUCUGGAGCAUCUACAUCUGUAGCAUCUACAUAUGUAGAUGAGAUAUAUACUCAAGUCAUGGGUCUAGAGAGGCAUGGUCGUGUUCGAGGGUAUGGAUUUGGUCCUACUCCUACCUCAAUCUUUGGUUCUACUAGUAGAAGGCGAUCAGGAGUUAUUAUUUCAACACAACUUGAAAACACCUUAGAGAUGCUAAUAGCUGCAGAACAAAAGUUUACAACUGCAAUUGAAGAACUCUCAAAUGUGAAAUAUGAACUCUCACACGUGAAAGAAACAUUUGAAGAGAGGUUGAUAGAAGUUCAAAGGAAGACACGUGAAGAAGUGAAAGAAGAGCUUGAAGAAAAAAUGAUGGAAAUGCAAAGAAAAAUGCAAGCACAAAUUCAAGAACAGAUGAUGCAAAUGAUGCAACAAUUUCAGCAAAAGCAGUAGAAAUUUGAAGAUUUUGCUACAUCUUUAUAUGAUAAAUUCUCUUAACUUUUUUGAAGAUUAUGCUACUUAUUUAUAUGAUAGAUUCUCCUAACUUUUUUUUUGCUUUCUAUGACUAUUAUGUGAUGUUUGGUUGGUUGAUUUGUUAUAUUAUGUUAGAAUGUGAAACUAAAUUUGUAUCUCUUU